AUGCCCGUAGAAGACUUGACUGGUCUGGAGGUGCAACAAAUCCGCAAAGCGUUUGACUUGUUCGAUCGUGACAGACGUGGAUACAUUAGUUCGUCAGAAUUUGGGUUCGCAUUACGCUGGUUGAAAUUGAUUCCGACUGAAAAAGAGAUUGCCGAGUUUCUGAAAGCUUUGGAUCCGCGUCAGACGGGACGCAUACGCUUUGAUUUAUUCUUUGCCGCGGCCACCCAGCUGUGGAGUGGGGGUUCACAAAAAAUUCAGAAUGACAUCUGGCAAGCAUUUAUGCUAUUUGACCCGUCAUCUAGCGGUACGAUUUCGGCCAGUAAGAUGAAGAAAAUCUUGAUGGAAUACGGUCUGGAACCGGUCCCAGAAAAAGAAGUCAACCAAGUGAUAAAACAGUUUUCAAAUAAAAAAACGAAUCUGAUUGAAUAUGUCUAUAUGAUUCGUGCCUGGCAACAGUGA